AUGUUUAUCAAAGAGUGGAGUGAUUCUUCAGUCUUGGUUCAUGCUAUAGACCCUGAUAACGAGGGAUUUAAAGCCGGAACUCUCUUUAAUGGAGUAGAUGGAUUUUCCAAGGGACUAUCUGCGGAUAUACGGCUGCCCAAGGUUGAGGAGGAGGGCCAAUCCGACAGUGUGGUCUUCAUAAUGUGA